AUGGCGGCAACAGGUUCACGAGAAGAAAUGAUGGAGGCCUUGAAUAAGGCAAGACAGGCAAUGGCCCGUCGUGUUCCGACUCCAACGGCGUCAACAGUACAAUCAUCAUCCGAACAUGAUCCGUCGGCGAAUGUCGGCGUUUUACAGAUAUAUGAUGCUGCAGAUACCUCGUUAUGUCGCCAUGCUCGCCCGUCGGAAGCAAAAGACAAUCGCGCCCACUUCUUCGAAACAUGGUGUAAGAAGAUCGAGGUGUUCGUUGCGGAUCCGACUAAAACGACGUUAGAGCUUCCCCCUGAACUGUGCGCGAACGACCGUAGGGAGCUUCACAAUCUUGCGGAGAAAUAUAAUCUCAGUCACCAUUCCCGUGGCACGGGGGCGACACGACAUCUUGUGCUGAAGAAAGAUGCGCUGCACUAUAGAAUGCCUGAUGCUGCUCCAGCCAACAUUGAAGCAAUAAAGCGGGACCCUGGAACGAAAGAGUCUAAAUUUCACCUUCGUCGCGUAAAGCAGAACCCUGAGGCCCCAGCUGGGUCGAUGGGCGCCUUCGGUGAUGAAACGACUGCCGCAAUGGUGCACCGCUUGGUGCGUGCAACAGACGAGUAUCGAAGAGCAGUCAAUGUUGGGUAUACUCAAGAUGAGCUACUCGCUUUCGAAACCGGUGAAUCAGUUGAGGGAAUCCUCCGUAGCGGCGGAGAGCGAGACGCACAGCCCGCAACAAAUGCCGAUGUUGAGGAUCCCACGGGAUUAUGUGCUUCGCCCCCCCGCGCGCGAAUUACCGGCGGAGCGGAUUACGAGGCGCGCGCGAAGGACUCUUCCGCUGGGGAGAAGUCGAAGGCGGUCUACGAUGAGAUGUGUCUUCGGUGCCAGACUCGGUCUCGUGUGGAUUAUGAUAUACAGAAAUGGGAUUGCAAUGGGUAUUGUGCGAAGUGCACUGCGCAGACCAUUUGGAAACUUGUGGAGGUAGAAAAUAGCACGGGAAUGAGAAGUGCUCAGCGGAAGCAUACUCGCGAAGAGUUCGAGAAAGCCGACGAAGCGCUUCCGCAAGAGGUGCAGCAACCCGAAGAAAUCGAUAAGGAUAACGAUGAGGAUGAUACGAUCACGGUGGAAGAUGUGGUGGAUAUGGCGAGCAUGAAUGACUUUAGCGCUGCGGAUGUGAAUUGGAUUCGCCGCUUUGCAGUACAUCACAGUUCAAAGGAGGUUUGCUGCUCUCUCAGCACACACAUAGUGUUUUGCAUCGAAUUCAACGACUUAUUGACCAUGCGUAUUUUCCGUCCCUUCCUUAAGCUACAGGGGAGCACAGACAGCAGCGAUGAAAAGAAACGAACAAAGAACGAGUGUGGAGCGUCCUCUGAUGGUUCAACUCUUACUGAAACUCAUGGCGCAUGGUUUGUGUGGCUACGCGAAGUGAAGCCGGCGGGUGUGGCGCUUUCCACACUGCUAGAUGAAUUGGCGGGUUGUACGCCCGAGGGCUACGACCGACUUUGCGUCGCCUUCCCGAACAUGUCUGUGUACGGCACGGAGGCAAGCUGUGUGUGCCUUGUCAAACCAGGCGUGCUGAAUAUGGAGGGCCUUCAAGCAAUGCGGCAGAAGUACGGUGAGCAGAAUUUCCGCCUCGCCCAGGAGUUGGAGGUUGCUCUUGCGGGCGAUAGCAAGCCCGCGUAA